AUGACCUUCCUAUUCUUCUGCUGCCAGUGGGCCUUCAAGCUUGCAGUGGGGCCUCAGUGGGGCCUGGGCGACUACGUGAGUGCAGCAGAAUUUGGUGUGCGUGUAUGGAAAGGAAGAAAAACUGUUUUGGAUCGCAUUGGCAUCCGAAUCCCGAUAAGCUUUUGUUCCGAAGGUGUUGAAAAUUUCAGUUUGUUCGCUGGCAAUUCGCUGGCACCCCACGUUUUCACACUACUUGGGCCUACACAGAACUGUUCAAAAAUGCGACCCGACGCGAACAUUGAUUGAGCAGCAAAGUGCAGCAGCUCAAACACGUCCAUCAACUAACAU